UGGCGCUCGCGCUGCCUGCGCCCCGGGAGCCCGGCUGCUCGCUGCCGGCGAGGGGACCCGCGCGGACGCGGGGCGACGGGAGCGCGGGCGGCACCGCUGCCCGGGAGCCGCCGAGGGGACCCUGGCCUACGCGCAUCCAAGUGAGGGCUGCGCCCUGCCGGCCCCAGCCUCGGGAGCGUCCCCGCCUGCGCCCCACGGCACGCGCGGCACAGCCAUGAACACCAACGACGCCAAGGAGUACCUGGCCCGGAGGGACAUUCCUCAGCUUUUCGAGAGCCUUCUGAAUGGCUUGAUGUGUUCCAAGCCGGAAGACCCCAUAGAGUACUUGGAAAGCUGUUUACAGAAAGUCAAGGAGCUAGGAGGCUGUGACAAGGUGAAGUGGGACACAUUUGUCAGCCAGGAAAAGAAGACGCUACCGCCGCUAAAUGGAGGCCAGUCACGGAGGUCCUUCCUCCGAAAUGUACUGCCUGAAAAUUCAAACUUUCCGUACCGACGUUACGACCGGCUUCCUCCCAUCCACCAGUUCUCCAUAGAAAGCGACACGGACCUGUCAGAGACAGCAGAGCUGAUUGAAGAGUACGAGGUCUUCGACCCAACUCGCCCUCGGCCCAAAAUCAUUCUUGUCAUAGGUGGUCCAGGAAGCGGGAAGGGCACUCAGAGUCUGAAAAUUGCGGAGCGCUAUGGAUUCCAGUACAUCUCAGUUGGGGAGCUACUGAGGAAGAAAAUCCACAGUGCCAGUAGCAACAGGAAGUGGAGUCUGAUCGCCAAGAUCAUCACCAACGGCGAGCUGGCGCCACAGGAGACGACAAUCACCGAGAUAAAACAAAGACUGAUGCAAAUACCAGAUGAAGAAGGCAUCGUUAUUGACGGGUUCCCGAGAGACGUCGCCCAGGCUCUGUCUUUUGAGGACCAGAUCUGCACACCUGACCUGGUAGUGUUCCUGGCGUGUGCCAACCAGAGGCUCAAGGAGAGGCUGCAGAAGCGAGCCGAGCAGCAGGGGCGGCCUGACGACAACCUGAAAGCCACGCAAAGGAGGCUCGUCAACUUCAAGCAGAACGCAGGCCCGCUGGUGAAGUACUUCCAGGAGAAGGGACUCAUCGUGACUUUUGAUGCUGACCGAGAUGAGGACGCAGUAUUCUGUGACAUCAGCAUGGCCGUCGACAACAAAUUAUUUCCAAACAAAGAGGCUGUGACAGAUACAAGUGAACUUGACCCUUUGAUGUUUGAUGCUGGAGACAUUAUUGACACUGGAUCAGAUUGCGAUAACCAGGGUGAGGACCAGCUAGAUAUAUUUGGAGAGGACAUCGUGGGAGGUUUCGUGGAGGAUUUGAGGAAAUGUAAAAUUAUUUUCCUGAUGGGUGGUCCCGGCUCCGGCAAAGGCACCCAGUGCGAGAAACUGGUGGAAAAGUAUGGAUUCACCCAUCUCUCUACUGGUGAGCUCCUGCGCCAGGAACUGGCCUCAGAGUCAGAAAGAAGCAAACUGAUCCGUGACAUCAUGGAGCGUGGAGACCUGGUGCCCUCGGGUGUCAUCCUGGAGCUGCUGAAGGAGGCCAUGGUGGCCAGCCUGGGCAACACCAAGGGCUUCCUGAUUGAUGGCUACCCCCGGGAAGUGAAGCAAGGCCAAGAGUUUGGACGAAGGAUUAGAGAGCCCCAUUUGGUGAUCUGCAUGGACUGCUCGGCAGACACCAUGACCAGCCGCCUCCUGCAGAGAGAGCAGAGCGGCCGGCACGGGGAGGACACUGCCAACACAAUUGCCAGGCGCCUGGAGGCCUACCACCGCGCAUCCAUCCCCGUUGUCGCCUACUAUGAGACAAAAACACAGCUAUGGAAGGUGAAUGCAGAGGGAACACCAGAUCAAGUUUUUCUCCAGCUCUGCACAGCUAUUGAGUCAGUUUUCUGAAGAAGAUGCACAACUUUCAAGUGGACACAAAGGAGCACGAAACUCACCCCUUAAUACAUUUCUCUGUUCCCACCCCUACCCACCUUGGCCAGCUGUUUCCUCGCAGCGAAACUCAUGGGAGAGGGUUCUGGAAAUCGGGCAAGGUAUUCUCAGACUGUCCACCUUUCUCCUCCACUCCGGCACGCUUUUUUUCUGUCACCAGGUUGUACCUCGGAGCACAGUCUAGAUGUUUGCAGGGCAGGGCCUAUGCCAGGGGGGCCCCGGGGCCAGCUGAUGUCUGAUGUGUACAGGGAGAACACAUCCCUAAUUCUCCGUCCCAGCCUCCUUCUCACUGAUGUACUUGUUCCCCCUGGAUGUGGGUCGCUAGCAUGGGGACAGGCUUGGAUACCUCCUCUGAUAUCCACUGCUUCUCCCAGUUCCCAGGGGUCUGGCAGAGCCCCGGUGGGACUUUUAAAUGCCCUGUGGAGCAUUUGCAAGGCAUCAAGGCAGCAGUACUUGAUAGAAAUGUUUCAAAAUAUGGUAUUAUCCAGCUCCUCCUAGA